AAAAAAGUCCCGUAAAAUCAUUAAUCACUUCAGUCAAACAACGAAAAAGUUUAUCCCGAAGCGUCUCUUCCAACAAUUCAAUCGCCCUUAUUUUUCCUAUGAAAAAAUUGUUUAGUUGAAAUCCAGAGAAGAUGAGAGACUAAUGAACCCUAGCAGUUUUGAGUAAUCUCUCAGUUACGGUGGAUUUGUGUUCAUAGAAAAAUAGCCGCGAGAUCUCCAAAUACCUCUUCAAAGAGGGAGUUCUCUUCGCGAAGAAGGAUUUCAAUUUGGCGCAACAUCCUUUGGAAGGAUAAGAGCCGGGGAGUUCCUCACCGGUGACUGAAUUAGGGUUACAUUCAUCCCACCCAAAUCGAACAAGAAAUGGCUCAUGCCUGCGUCUCCACAUCGGCUUCUUCUCUCAGGUUUACAGCUGGAUUCGUCUCCGCGAGUCCCAAUGGCUCCUCUUUCGAUUCUCCGAAGCUUUCUCUCCCUUUCGAGCCCCUUCGUUCAAGGGAGACGAAGAAGUUAGUUAGCAACAUAAAGCAUUGGAAGAACUCAUCUCCGAAGGCUGUAUAUUCCGAAGGCUUGUCCAUAAGAGAUGCUAUUACUUGUCUCCUUCUUGGUGUGUUUUUUGUAAUGUCAGAGACGAGACAAGCCGAGGCUUCUCGCAUCAGAGAGAAGUACCCAGAUAGAAUCCCAGUGAUUGUAGAGAAGGCUGAGAAAAGCGAUGUCCCCGUUAUCGACAAGAAAAAGUCAGACAAGGCAAUUGAGAGAUGCAUCGUCAAGAACAUUGUUGAGCAAGCAGCCAUCAGAGAUGUUCAAGAAGCCAGUGUCUACGAGGAUACACUCUGCCAAAGCUUUACGCUAAGAUGCAAUACUGUGCAGAGCUUCAAAUCAAAGGAAUACGUGUGCGAGACAUUUGCUUGGAUGCAUUACUACUGGUUCCUCACAAACUAAGGCAUUAACUUUCUGAGGACUUACCAUCAGAGAUUGUUCCCGCCACUUUGAAGAAGCAACGGAAGCCUCUUUGUCUUCAAAUUAUUCUCUGUCCUGUAUCUUUUCACUACUGUUCUGGCAUCAAUUGAUUUGAUCUCACUUUUUUUUUAUUUCAUUGCAGAUAUGCAAGAGAAGAUACCCAUUAUCUUUUGUACAUUUACGAUGUCUAGAAUGGCAACCGGUGACGAGCAUACUGACUCCUCUGCUUGAGGUAGACGUCAUUUAACUAUGCUGUCAAGUCCAUUAUUUGUCUGCAUGUCUGUAUUUGCAUGAUAGAUUUACAGUUUUCUUUGGUCUUGCUAUCAAGCAGAACAAGCUUGGCAUCUUUUUCUAAAUUCAUUGAACAAAUAAAUUGUUUCUCCAUCUAUACAUGGGGAACUGCUUUGGGUUUAAUGUAUUAGUGACGAAUGAUUUUAGCAAAUAUCCUAUUUAAAUAUAUGAAGAGUACGAAAUAUAAACAAUGUACGCCAAUUAAGACACUGCUAUUUCAGGUACGUACCCAUAAUUGUACUCAUGAUUGUAAUAAGAAAAACUAUAACAAAAAUAACAAUCUCUAAUUUUGAAUAACAAUCACAGUUCACUUCUUAUUUUCAAGCCAAACGUAUUAACUCACUGGAGCUAUAGAUUUCGAAGUUCUUUUUUACAAAAUAAAGUUAUUUGGUUGUUUUAAAAAGAAACAAAAUAUUUAUGCUAUUUAG